CCGGGGCCCUGCCGCAGCCCCAGCGCAGCCCAACGGCACCGGGCCCUGCACGCGAGGCUGGCACUAUGUCCUACCGGCGGCAGGCCUCAGCUCCAACCUCGUCACGCAGUGGGAUCUUGUGUGCCGCUCACGCUGGAAGGUGCCCCUGGAGCAGACCACACACCUGCUGGGGUGGACGCUGGGCAGCAUCGCGGCCGGCCUGGCCUGUGAUAGGUUCGGCCGCAGGAUAUCGUUCCUGGUGUCCCUGGUGCUGGCAGUGCCCCUGGGGGUCUGCGUCGCGCUUGCGGUGGACUUCACCAUGGUACUCGUGUCCCGGCUCCUCUUCGGGGCCGCCCUGGCCGGAGCCUUCCUCUCCCUCUACAUUGCAAGGCUGGAGCUCUGUGAACCCCCACACCGCCUGGGAGUGACCGUCGUGGCCAGCUUCUUCUGGAUCGCGGGGGAGCUGCUGCUGCCGGGGCUGGCCGUGCUGUGCCGGGACUGGAGGGUGCUGCAGGGCGCUGUCACCAUGGUCCUGGCUCUGGUGGCUGCCUUAUGGUGGUGCCCAGUGCUGCUGCUGGAGUCCCCCCGCUGGCUGCUGGCCACACGGCAACUGGACCGGGCCAGGGACACCCUGAAGGCGCUGGGCCAGGGCAGCGGCUCCGAGCACGGCUCGGGGCACCAGCAGAGCCUCUGCCCUGAGCUGCAGUCCCUGUGUGAGGGGUCCCCGCAGCCCCAGUACCACUCUGUCUGCGACAUCUUCAACACCCACAUCAUCUGGAGGAACAGUGUCAUCCUCGGCUUCACCGCGUUCAUCGGCUCCGGCAUCCACUACUGCUUCACCCGCAACCUGGAACCGCACCUGCCCCACUUCUUCUCGUCCUACUUCACACUGGUGGGCACCGAGGCCACCGCCUGCAUCUUCAUCUUCCUCACAGCCGAGCGCUUCGGGCGCCGCGCUGUCCUCCUGCUCUGCACCGUCCUCACCGGCAUCUGCUCCCUGCUGCUGCUGGCCCUCACCCAGUACUUGCUGGAGUUCAUUGUCCUGACCCUGUCUGUGGUUGGCAUCACCACAUCACACGCUGUCACCAUGCUCAGCAUCUUCUUUGCCAGCGAGAUCCUCCCCACAGUGGUCAGAGGUGCUGGGCUAGGCCUCAGUGUGGGCGCCAGCUUCGUGGGCAAGGCAACAGCCCCAAUCACCGCCAUCCCCAACAGCCAUGGCUUCUUCCUGCGCCACAUUCUCUUCGCCUCCUUCACCAUCCUCAGCAUCCUCAGCAUCAUGCUGCUGCCGGAGAGCCAGGGCCACAGCCUGCCCCAGACCCUGGAGGAUGGUGACAGGGAGCGUCAUCCUCCCCUGUUCCACCAACCACCCCAUGAGGACCACAUGCCCUUGCUCGCUGGCCCUGGCAGCCAACACAACUACUCCAACCUCACCCCAUCCACCACAUCAGAGACGGGCUCCACGGUCACCCCCCAUGAGAUAUAGUCAUACCCCCAUCCCAUACUGGUGUCUCCUCACUGCUAAACAUGGUGCUGGGCAAUCCACCUUAGGGUGCUCACGGGGAUAAUGGGGUGCACUGGGACACGUGUGAUAGGGGGAGCAGUGCCCAACCCCAUGGUGGGGGCUGAUCCUGCCCCAAGAGGAGUUUUGCUGGGUCAGGGGUGAUGCCCCCAUGGUGCUUGCACCAGGGGCUUGAGGGCUGCCAAUAAAAGUGCCUUGUUUCUAUGGGUA